CGGAGCUGGCUGGCGGGGCCGCGUUACGAGUCGUCGCUAUUGUGAUUUUCUUCGCUUCAAUGGAGAAAUUUCCAAGGUCGGUUGUGGGGACCACUAGCUGUGACUGAAUAUACGUAUACACAAACAGCUCGCUUGCACACUGCACUCCGUGAUUAUUAUUAUCAGCCGCAGCAGUAAAUUGUGUGCAAAACAGCUAUGACUGCGCUUGUACGCUGCGGUGUUACGCUGUCAGUAAGCUUUAAUAUUGCCGUGUCUGAUUGAGGUGAAUUAAAGCGAAUGAACGUCUGUUUCUCUUCACGGAAAUCACGCAUCAUCAAAACAAGAUGAAUGGAACACAAGUUGAAAAUAAUAAAAGCAAUGUUGUGGACGGCAGCCGCUUCGUCUUCGAGGAGCCCGGCCUGGACACCCGGCGGGCCGAUGAAGCCACCCAACCCAUGCUGCAGAGCCAGCCCUCCCCCGACGCCUUCAUGCCCCGCCCCACUCGACCCUUCCCCAUCUCCAGCCGAGAUGAGAACCCCAAGCGGGGCAACUGGUGGAACAAGAUUGAAUUCAUCUUUGCCUGCAUCGCCCUCUGUUGCAGCGGAACUACUUUCUACUCGCUUCCGUUCAGAGUCCUUAGCAACGGUGGAGGUAUCUUUCUGAUUAUGUUUGUUCUCGCAAUGAUCUUCUUUGCGUUCCCUUACAUUGUUCUGGAAAUGGCAUUGGGGCAGUUUUCCAGCUCGGGAAUCAUUUCUGUGUGGAACCUCUCGCCGCUAUUUAAAGGAUUUGGUGUCAUAGCCGCUCUGUCCCUCGCAUUGCUGAACGUCACGAUCAACGUCUUCUCCUCCUACCAUCUCCUGUACGCCUUUGUCACCAUCAAACACUCUGUCCAUGCCACGCCCCUGCCUUGGCUCGUCUGCUCUCAUUGGUGGAACACCGCUAACUGUUACGACAUGAUGUCUCCAGUGGUGCCAGUGACAACGAUGAAUAGGUCUAUGCCAAGCAUUGACACAGGGAUUUCGAGCAGCGCCUGGCAAAACUCGCAAUAUUUGCAAGCUGACAUCUACAGGAAUCCAUUCUCGCCUGCAAAGGAAUACUUCAGCUAUGAAGUGUACAACACCAAUGAUGGUGAUUUGACGAGUAUUGGCCCUCUCAGGCCCAGUCUGGUCUUCGCCCUGCUAGCUACCUGGGGCUUCAUCUUGGCACUGACCUGCAUGGGAGCCAAAUGGACAGGCAAAGUGGCGUACUUUAUCGUGCCAGCCUCCGUAAUUCUUCUCUUUGUUCUGCUCAUACGCGGAGCCACUCUGCCUGGCGCCCUUGACGGUCUCAUCUAUUUCUUGCAUAUCAGUGAUGUGCACUCCUUUACGAGUGUCGAGUUAUGGCAGUCCGCGUUUGUCGAAGCUUUCAACGUUAGCUCAAUGGGAUUGGGCGUGUUCAUAGCGCUGUCAAGCUACAACAAAUUCCACAACAACUUAUGCCUGGAUGCCUUCUUCGUUGUAACUGCCGCUGUGGUUAUCAAGAUCAUGGUACUCCUGAUUGUUGCAACUUUUGCUGGGUUCUAUAUCCGUCAUGCUGGCAUAUCCGCAGGGGACAUCCUAUAUGAAGGAUCAGGCGCACCCAUGACGCUUACCAUUCUUCCCAGCAUCAUGGGUUCCUUGCCCGUGACCAAUGCUUGGACUUGCGUCUUCUUCAUCACCAUGUUUCUUCUCUUCACAAGCGCCUCUAUCUUCAUGGUUCAAGCUUUGUUGACCACACUGCUUGACCUAUUCCAUUUGCCGCAUUCGGUCAUCUUUCUGCUACCAACCAGUGGUAUCAUCUGCGUUCUGAGUUUCUUGGUAUCGUUACCCAUGGUGACAGAGGGUGGAUUCGGCGUCCUUACAGCUGUUCACACGCACACAGCACUUUGGGGUGCGUUUGUUGUCGCUAUCAUUCUACCACUCGCCUCAGUGUGGGUUUAUGGUACAAUCCCGAAAUGGAAUAUCAUGCGUCUGCCUCGAGAGAUUCAGAAGAUGGUGGGGUUCUUCCCGCUUCCCUUCCAGAUCGUUUUUCUGCUGUUCUGGGCUGCCAUUAUUCCACUUGCGACUGCGUUGUGCUUCUUCAAGAUGUUGUCUGACAUUCCGUAUAGCCUAGGCUUCACCAGGCCGUAUUGGAUGGAGUAUAUCUUGCUAGCGCUUGGUCUUCUCCCUCUACUGUUGAUACCCAUACUCGUUGGGAUAUGUCAACUGUUGAAGAAGAGAAGAGGCUAUAUGUAUUUCACACAGUUGUUUUGGAAGGCAGCGAGGCCUUCGGAUGACUGGGGUCCUCCGAUAGAACACCACCGUCAGCAGGUCGGCUACGCACAAACCAUCCCCAGUGGUAAUCGACAUCAGCUCAACAGCUCUGAGAUCCACUUCAACCCUGCCACUAACACGCCUGCCGUCACCGUUCAUGACCCCACCGCUGCCUAUCCACCACCACAAAGGCAGUUCGGCCCACCUCCCCCGGCCUACAACGACUAUCCGCCCGGACAAACUAGUCCGGGGUCCGCUAAGAACCUCUCGCCGGCGCCGAGUUCUGUUGGCUCCGGGAUGCCGAUCAUCUACCCUUCAGCCUUUGCCGGGGCCGGUCAGUCUGUCUCCCCUGCCACUGUCUCAGCUACAGACACGCUGGACUCUAACCGUCGUUAUCCAGCAGCCACUGUUGAUUACACGACUGGCGCUGAGACUGAUGUGGCCCUAUCUGAACCCGAAGACUCGCUGUUCGUCAAUGUUUCCUCUCAUGAGACCACCCUCUGAGGCAUCCAUCUCAAAGAAAGCUCAAGAAGAGAAAUCCAUAUCACUUCAUAUUUAAAAUUUUUACCCUUGCCUCAAGAUCUUUUAAAGCAAAAAAUAAGAUUAACAUCCAGGCUUUUGACGAACGUCGUCAAAAACAAAUAUCCAUUUGAUCAGGGAGAUGAGCCAAGGACUUUCAAAAUUAAAAUAGGAAACCUUGAGACCGAAACCUUUCGUUCCAUUGGCCAGCAGAGGCUUUCCAUCUAUGUGAGAUCAGUGGGUAUAUCUUGUUCUUCUCUAUUGAUAUCAAAAGAGGAGCUAUUCUGAACUUUCACAAAAAAAUAAUCUCUCGGUUAUGAUGUAUAGGAACCUUCAAUCAUCGAUUUUGAAAGAAGAUGAAAGGAAGAUCGGAAUUAAGCAGGAAAACUCUAACAAGAGAUCCAUACCACAUGAUUUCACCAUGAUUGGAUUCAAAUUGAGGUCACACAAUGGUUGAGGUCGAGGAAGGUUUUUGUACAUCAUUCCCACCCAAAAGAGAACACUUCUCACUUUUUAGUUUUAUAUGAAUAACUUACCUUUACAUAUAUACUUACGUAUACGAAGAUGAAGAGCCACAAACUAUUCUCAAAUCUCCAUACUGCUUUCUUCAGAGACACCCGUACUUGCCGCGGUUUGUAAAUAGCCUUCUUUUUGAUAAUGUAAAAUGUAAAUACUUUUUAAAGCAAUUUAAUUUUUGUAUUAUAUCACGGUUUUUAGAGGUUUUAUUAAGGCACGGGGAAUGUUUUUAGUUUGAUUUUGUUUGGGAGUAUAUUGAGUGGACAAUUAAUUUGUUGCUGUAACGUACAUAAUACGUCGCUUUAAAUGAGCACAGCAUAAUGUAAAAGAGUAUGCUCGAAAUUGAUGUAUAAUGAUUUCUUAGAAGCAAGUUUAAAUACAAAAGGAAAACAAAUUUGAUUUCUGGAUAAUGCUCGUCUCAUGAGAACGAAAAGAUGAUAAUUGAAACGGACAAAAAAUAAAGGUAAACACAAUCACCGUCACCACGAACGCACGAAGUGACACUAACAUCGAAAGAUCGCUAUUUUGCGAUUUCGAAUUUGUUCAUAUUUGGUGAUUAAUUCACAAUCUACGGUUCACCUUAAGAAGUUAACAUUAAUUUUUGUAACUAAAUGGGUCCAAACCAGAAAAUGAGUUUUCACGAAGUGUACUAUAUAUGCCUGCAAUAUGCAUCAGAAACGAGUUUUGCGUUUUCACGAAGUAAACACAAACUGAAUGUCAUGUGAUGCGCGACUUACUUCUGGCGUUUUCACGAAGUAACGAAGCCCAUAGCUAAUGUACAUUGGUUUAAUAGCGUCACUUCGUGAAAACUCGAACGCAGCGUUAUCUGAUUUUUGAGUUUUCACGAAGUGUACUUGUGAUUAAUUAGUUUGAUAACUCAUUAAUAUGUUGUACAAUAACAAUCAUACAUUAACGUGUCAUUCAAGAUCCCAGCUUUCAGAAAAUGCAACAAAAUAUGAAUAUUUUUUUAGGCUAAAACGAUAUUCAGAUCACCGUUUCGAAACAUCGUCAACUUAAUCAAUCGCUUGUAUCUCGAAACUACAGAUUGUCCACUUUACUGGGGCUAAGGUCACUUCCUAGUGACGGUGAUAAUGAUGUAUGUUUUCAGACAUCCGGAUGAAAAUAUCAAAUGAAUCUUAUUCUGGAACUUACGUUUUGCAACUUGCGACUUUGCGUCUGAAUCGGACUUCGUAAGGCAACUGUUGAGCCGGUGUCACGGUCUCACUUCUCCGGCGUGCUAGCUUCUCCAGAUGGAUUCGGCGGACAGUUGAGCACGUUAUGAUUGUGUCCGCUGUGCUUACUUUUCCUCGGGCUGUAUUACCAAGCCUAUUAAUAACACAGUGAGGGACAUCCAAGAAUGUGUUAUGUAACACUUCCCCCAUGGUCUUGCAAGCAUUCUGAUUUGUGUUCCCAGCUUACGGCAUGUGUGUGUGUUCAUGGAGGAAUAAUUAAGAACGAACUCCUUGGUCCGUGUUCCUUUCUCGUUCGUGUUCCAUUUUGUCUUUAUUUUUGCAACCAUGCGGCUUAAAAUUAAUGUGCAUUUCAAGUCUUUUUUGGUUAUUGGGAGUUGCGCGCGCCACGAAAAUAAUGGAUUCGACUGGUACCCUGUAACUAUGCAUACAAAUAUCCUAUGAUAUUACGUGCACCAGUACAACCCCGAAGAACUCAGCACACAAAUAAAGUUGACAAAAAAAAUGUACACCACUGCGCAAUUUUGUGUAUGCGUGUUGAAGCGAAAUUUCCCUUUCCGGAGAAGCUAGCACGCCGGAGAAGUGAGACCGUGGCACCGGCGGGCUUGUAAUAUUGGGCUUGUAAUAUUGGACUUGUUAUGCGCAUGCUUAACUCAUAUUAACUAAAAAAAAAAAAUACUGACAUUUAGUACAAAUUAAUGUAUGACAGUGUGAUAUUUUUUUCGUACAGUUUUAUUGUCAAAAUAUUCAUUGAGCUGUACCUGAAUGAUAAAAUUUACGUCUAGUGAGUAUACAUGUACAUCCUAGGUAUUGAUGCUGAAUCAAAAUCGUUUUGUAGGCCUAAUGCACUUUUUUUUAAACAUAAGUAUUAUUGUCACAUAUAUGAUAACUUAGAAGUGAAUAGAGAAAUUAUUCGUCUAAUUGAAUUCGUUUACAUGCAUGUUGUUUAAAUCAAUUUCAAAUGGAAAUGUCUGAUGAUUUACAUGCUUUCAUUUGGACUGCCGGCAGUUAUUUUUGGUGAUCAAAAUCAUCACUCAAUCGUGUUUUAUUUUUUUACAAAGCUUCAUUUGCAUUCAAUUCGUUUAAUAGCAUGUAGUUUUCAGUCGAGUUUCAAAACUCUUGAAACGAAUUACCGUAUUUAUUGUAACCUUGCACAGCGUCAUUAGGUUGAUUACAUGUAUAAGUUAAAGAACUGUGUUUUAAACUGUUUUACCCUAAGUUUGUAGAUGCACAGUUUUAAGUUGUAGACAGCAUUGCAAUACUGCGUCAACAUCAUCCGGAAAGUUUAGAUGAAGGAAAUUGCUUUACUUGCCAAGGAGACUUAAAUAAUUUUGGUGACUGCAGUAGGAGUUUUGUUUCCCUUCUUGAAACAUCUCCGGGGUUCAUUCUUUAAUUAUAACGUUACUCUCGUGGGAUAUUUUCCUUUUCUGAUGUGUUGUCGGAACUUUCAAAUUCAACAGUUUAAUUUUUUGUUAAAGUUCAUCGUUCCAGUUUUAAAAUAAUUGUCAAAGUAUUUUCAGCGAUCUUUCAACUGUAACAUAUUUUAAUUUGCUGUAUUUUUUUUUACAUCCACUGUCCGGGUUUGAAAAUAAUAAUUUGUACUGUUUGAUUUUAAUUUCGGAAGCGGUAUUAAUUAUGAAGAUAGAUUAGAUCGCACCAGAUGUUUAAUCCAAGUCGCUUAUGCGUAGAUCAGCAAAGGCCGGUAAUGCCAAUUUAUAUCAAAAGAGGAUUAAAACAGCGUACAAUGUUACAAUAGAUUUAGUACAUGAUGCCACACAGAUCAAGGAACGCUCUUGCUGUAUUCAUUUUUGAAGUUCUCGUUUUACCUUUACAAGUAUUAAAAAACCAAUGAAACAGAUAUUGAGA